GAGUCAGGUCCAUCACCACCACCGCCAUCCGGAAUACUCCGGUCAACAUGGCAUAUACUGUUUAUGACGAAGAUACUCUAGGAAACAAACCGCCUGUGCUGGUGCUGCACGGGCUCUUCGGCUCGCGAAAUAAUUGGAAUUCAUUGUCAAGAUCUCUGAAUCGACAGACAAAGCGAAAGAUCAUCGCAGCUGAUUUUAGAAAUCAUGGGGAUUCUCCCCACACCCAGAAGAUGACGUUUCAGAACCUGGCCUGGGAUAUCCAGCAUUUGCUGGACAAAUUGAACAUCAAGGAGUCGAUCCUCUUAGGGCAUAGCAUGGGAGGAGCUGCAGUCAUGUUCACAGCCCUGACCUAUCCCUAUCUUCUUGAGAAACUCGUUGUUGUGGACAUGUCUCCAGUGAAGACUAGAUCUGGUCCCCUAGAGAUAUCAGGAAUUAUGUCUGCCAUGAAUUCUGUUGAUUUCAGAGGUCUUCAAACUCUCUCUCAGGCACGGCAGCACGCGGAUAAAGUGCUUUCUGAAACAAUUCGGUCCUCAACUUUACGUCAGUUUCUCAUAACGAAUGUAAAGGAGGAAUCCCCGGGGUCUUUCAAGUGGAAAGUCAAUGUCCCGUCGCUGAUGGAACAUUUUGGGCCAGAAAUUGUAGGUUUCCCCGCGUUGCUUGCUAGAUUAGGCGGUAAGACAUUCACCAAGCCAACAUUAUUCAUAAGUGGUGGACGGAGUGAUUACAUGACGAAAGAGGAUCACCCUGGCACCAGAAAAUUAUUCCCGGGUGCCGAAUUCGUGUACAUAGAGGAUGCUGCUCACUGGUUGCAUGUAGAGAAACCAGUAGAGUUCUUGAAAAUAGCCUCGGACUUUAUAAAUUCAUAGUGCAAAGGUUAGAUAAUGGAUUAGAUAAUUUUUUUUAGAGAGAUUUUGACAUUGGAACAUGUCAUUAUUUUUCAUUGGAUGACUUCCAACGGUGUUAAUUAAUUUUUCAGUGGCAUUUAUUAGAGAAUAGGGAUUUCAACGAAAUAAAUACGGGCAUAUAACAA